UGGAAAUGUAUGCGCAAAUUUUCUUCACGCGUAUUUUGAUAAUUCAAGCCCUCCUUGGGAACGAAAUUUCUUCCAUGUGUGGGCUUGAAAAUUCUUCCAAUAAAUUCAACUUUCUCUUCUCUUUAUAUAAUACAAUAAUUUUACAUGCAUAAUUUGAAUUGCUACAAACGUACAUGCUAAUAUCUGAAGCAAAAUUUGAAUUGCUUAUAAAAUCAUGGUUAUGGAUUCAAAAUCAUCGGUUCACAAUUUCAUUAACAAAAGUAUUUUACAUAGAGAGGAUUUGCAGGAUUCUGCUAAUGUGAUCGACGAGGGAAGUCAUAUAGCAUCUUUUGGGGAUUUUGAAGCUGAGAACUUUUUGGAGGACUUCUACAUUCCUGAUUACUUACUUCUUCCUGAAGCAGAAUUGAGAAAAGGCUACAAUACACCAGCUUGUCCUGUACUAGUAUUUAUCAACUCCAAAAGCGGUGGACAGCUAGGGGGAGAACUUCUUUUGACAUAUCGUACUCUUCUAAAUGAAAAUCAGGUGUUUGAUUUGGCAGAAGUGGCCCCUGAUAAGGUUCUACACCAAUUUUACUUCAAUUUAGAGAAACAUAAGCAAUGUGGAGAUAGCUUGUCUGACGAAAUUGAAAGGAGAUUGAGAAUCAUUGUGGCAGGUGGAGAUGGAACAGCAGGCUGGAUUCUUGGAGUUGUUUCAGAUCUCAAACUAGCUCGCCAACCUCCAAUUGCAACCGUGCCAUUAGGAACUGGAAACAAUCUACCUUUUGCAUUUGGUUGGGGGAAGAAAAAUCCAGUUAUUAACUGCGAAUCGGUGAAGGCAUUCCUAGAUCAAGUGAAACAUGGAAAAGAGAUGAAAGUUGACAGUUGGCAUAUUCUUAUGAGAAUGUGGGCUCCUAAAGAAGGUUCUUGUGAUCCAAUUGCACCUCUUGAGCUACCACAUUCAUUGCAUGCAUUUCAACGUGUGUCUCAAACUGAUGCUUUGAACAAGGAGGGCUACAACACUUUUCGUGGAGGAUUUUGGAAUUACUUCAGCAUGGGAAUGGAUGCUCAAGUUUCAUAUGCAUUUCAUGCCGAGAGGAAGCUAAAUCCAGAAAAAUUCAAAAGCCAGUUAGUUAACCAGAGUACUUAUGCAAAGCUUGGAUGUAAACAAGGAUGGUUUUUUGCUUCUCUUAUGCAUCCAUCAUCAAGAAACAUUGCGCAGCUAGUAAAUGUGAAAAUAAUGAAAACGCCAGGCGAAUGGAUAGACCUCGACAUACCUAGAAGCAUCAGGUCUAUUGUCUGCCUCAACUUGCCCAGCUUUUCUGGAGGAUUAAGUCCUUGGGGAAGUCCUAACAAGAAGAAGCUCCAUGAGAGGGACCUCACUGCCCCAUAUGUUGAUGAUUGUCUUCUUGAGGUUGUUGGUUUUCGAAAUGCUUGGCAUGGACUUGUUUUGCUGGCUCCAAGAGGGCACGGGACACGCCUUGCACAGGCGAACAGAAUAAGGUUUGAGUUUCACAAGGGUGCGGCUGAGCAUACAUUCAUGAGGCUUGAUGGGGAGCCAUGGAAACAACCCCUUCCCAUAGAUGAUGACACUGUUGUUAUAGAAAUUUCUCACUUUGGUCAAGUGAGCAUGCUUGCAGGUCCAGAUUGCCGAUCUGCAAGUAUAAAUGAUCCUACUUCACCGCACUUUCAGGAGGAUGAGUUGUAUGACAGUAGUGAACAAGAUUCCGAAGAGGAAUCAGCAGAAAGAAGAAAGUUGGGUGCAGCUGACACAUUCCGGAUGCCAGAUAGUUUUGAUAUAAAUGCAAAUUAGUUAACUGUUCAGAGACUUGCUUCAUCUCACCGGUUAUGAAGUAUACAAACUUACAAGGACUAGCUUGCAUAGGCGUAGGGGCGGAUUGAUCAGAAUUUCAACUUUAUGGUUCGAAUAUGGAAUUCUACCAUCCCAUCUAAUUGCUAGGUUCGAAUCCAUUCAUUAUACUAAGCGGAUUUUUUUACACAUAUAUAGGGAUGAACCUAGUAGCUUCUUCACUCGAUCCACCCCUGCAUAGGCAUCCGAGCUGGCUAGUUAGUGUAAUGUGCUAGAAAGCAACCAAUUCUGGGCUAUUUGUACAUAAUGCCCCUUCCCUCUCCAAACUCCACUUUUUUUUUUCUAUUUUUGUGUGAGUUAGUUGCUGGAUUUUGGACCAUUGACAGUCCUCCAUGUCCAGAGAGGAUAGAGUUACUGGGGACGUGUUGUUGUAGUUCAACAGGUCCUAAUAUCAUGGUCCUGGCUUUUUUAGGCUCUCUGAUCUGUGGAAGUAUCGCUCAUGUAUGUACCUGUAGAUAUGGGAACUAUGCAAAAUUCAUUUUUAUUGGUCAUUUGUUAUGCAAAAUUCAUUUUAUUGGC